UAACGUGAGGAAAGCUCCGCUUGUGAUGAUCAUCUAACUUUUAAAAGUUGGAUGUUUGAUCCUCCAACUUAGGUGGAAGAACUGCGCUGCCUUCCAGGAGUCGGACUGUUUCCGUAACACAAGCUUUUUUUUCUCUCCACCGGAGCAGCUUUGAAGCCGUGGGCUCCUGCGCUAAUAAUCCCUUUGCGCCCAUUUGGUGGAAAUCCCCACGUGGUUUGGACUCCUGUAUAAAAACUUUGGGUGUGCGGAGCCCCUGUUGUCGUGAUUACAAAGAGAGAAAGGGUCUCAGCGAGCAGCAUCUUGAAGUACGCACGGGACCUGCGCGCACCGAACGCGGUACCAAGGCGCACGGGCUACACAAUAGACACCGGACCGAGCGGGCGCAGCUGGGGAAGUGGACUUUCUGACUGAUUUCAGACUGCAGAGCGCAGACUGAACGUCUUCUGGCAACCAGGUGGUUUUUAUCUCCACAUAUAAGAGAGUCAGUGUAUCUGAUUCCAGGUUCAACCCAACCGUGGGGUUUCAGAGGCGCGUCAACAAUCACAACUCCUGAGUGCGCCUCGAAAUCAAAUGGAUGAACUGUUUCAUUGCGCAGAGAAGAGACGCAGAGCUGGAUGGCUGAAUGCGCGGUGACUGGAGGAAAUUAACCUCACACAUUCAGCAGUUUGGGGAAUACAAAUCUGUCUGUGGCUUGUGUGGAUUUCCUGAGGUUCCGUUGUGAGAGCGCCGUAGAUGUUCUCCCGGAACUCGCGCAUUUUGUAAAUUAAAAGUAGUUUUAAAGUCAGUGUGCGUGCUUCAACAUUUAUUUGUUUUGGACUCAAGGUUCAGGUUGUGAAACAUGAGCUCACACAGCCUGGUUUUGGCAAGUUUAGUGACGUGUGUUCUGUUCACGCGCUGCAUCUCGGUGACCGGGGCAGAGACUCAGAGCGCGCCCCAGGAGUCGUGCGCCUCCUGCGGCCUCAGGGCGCCGGAUCAGGCGGAGCGGGUGAACAUUGACUUCGUGGAGGCGGUGAAGAGGCACAUCCUGAACCGGCUGCAGAUGAGGGACAGGCCGAACAUCACCCACCCCAUCCCCAAGGCUGCGAUGGUGACGGCGCUCAGAAGGCUGCACGCGGGCAAGGUGCGGGAGGACGGGCGGGUGGAGAUCCCCAGCCUCGAUGGGAAUGCUGCCUUCAACAACGAGGUCCAGGCAGAGACCUCCGAGAUUAUCAGCUUCGCCGAGUCAGAUGAACACACAUCCCCCAAGUCGGGUCUGUACUUCCUCAUCUCCAAUGAGGGCCACCAGAACCUGUUUGUGUCCCAGGCCAACCUGUGGUUGUACUUCCGUCUGCUGCCCGCCGGUCCUGAGAAGGGCCUCCGGAGGAAGAUCACCGUGAAGAUACACUAUCAGGAAGCUGGCGCUCUGAACAGCGCAGAGGGAGGUCCGGGAGGUGGAGGAGGGGGAACAGGACGCUGGGCUCUGGUGGAGAAGCGGGUGGAUCUAAAACGCAGCGGGUGGCACACGUUCCCCCUCUCUGAGGCAGUGCGUGCUGUGUUUGGGAAAGGUAUCCGAAGGCAGGACCUGGAGGUCCACUGUGAGGGCUGUGAGACAGCCGGCGUGGCUCCGGUGCUGGUAGAUCCAGGUGACCCGUCCCACAGGCCCUUCCUGGUGGUGCGUGCACGGCAGGUGGACGGAAAACACCGCAUCCGUAAACGGGGCCUGGAGUGCGAUGGUACCAGCGGGGGCUUGUGCUGCCGGCAGCAGUUUUACAUCGACUUCCGCCUCAUCGGCUGGAAUGACUGGAUCAUUGCACCAGCUGGUUACUACGGUAACUACUGCGAGGGCAGCUGCCCCGCCUACAUGGCAGGCGUCCCGGGCUCGGCUUCGUCCUUCCACACUGCAGUGGUCAACCAGUACCGCAUGAGAGGGAUGAGCCCGGGCUCGGUCAACUCCUGCUGCAUCCCCACCAAGCUCAGCACCAUGUCCAUGCUCUACUUCGAUGACGAGUACAACAUCGUCAAGAGAGACGUGCCCAACAUGAUCGUGGAGGAGUGUGGCUGCGCUUGAGUCCGGCCGAGUAUUCCGGAUCCCAACUCGGAACAGUCAGAAAGGCCUUUUGUACAAACAUGACAUUUUUGUACGGUACACAUAUUCAUCCUGUCUGUAUCUACUGUAUGUGCAAGCAACUCACACAACACUGGCACAGUCCAGCAAACACAGUUAUCAGUGUUUUAUCCAUGCGUGCAUGUGUGUGCCUGUUGGUGCGAGUGUGUGUAUUUAUCUGACUGAGUGAAACACUUGCUGUCUGAGUUCUGGUCAGCAACAGGACGAGAAGGGUAUGACUAUCACCAAAUGCUACUUUGCUCUAGUUUUGCCAUUUCUAGUCAAAAAAUAAUGGCCCAUCAUCUCUUGAAUGAAGAUAAAGAAGCGCUUAAAGACAGUGACAGGAUCGGCCAAUAACGAGAUUGGCAUCAGACCACGCCCCCAUCCCUGCUCCUCCAACCCUUUUAAGUACUUUUAGCACAAGAGAGACCUUUUGUUUUUGUAAAGCACUGACAAUUCAUCAGCUUAUACAACUCAGAACACCAGCACUUCCCUCCUAUGCAGACAGAUACAGUCUGACUGUCCUCUCUGGUGGAAUUAGACCAGCAGUGCUUAAUGCUUUGCAGGAUUAGAGCCUCCCCAGCAGCACAGUGGCAAAACAAAGUCCUCCACGACUCGCUGCUGUUGACUCUGGGCCUCAACCUCAACUUCCUGCCUGUUACCAUGACAACCAGGUGAAGACGGAGCUCACAAGUGCACUUCACUUGUGCACUGGGCGUGACAGAGAGAGAACUGCUUCCUCCUUCCCCCAUAAAGCCUCAGUAGAAGACGGCCUGUGGGCUGGGAGCGUGGAGUUCUGGCCCGAUGGGUCGCCACGGUGCAGUGUAGCACUUGCAGAAACUGAAAUGCACACCCUGAAUAGCACUUGUAUAAAAGAAAUGCCUUCCAAGGGGUACCGAGUGUCCUGUCAGAUCGCUACAUAAGUGCCACAUGAGCUAUGCAAUGUAUAGUAACCUUCACCCACACUCAACACGCUCUAUUAGACGGAGUUCUCGCCAUCUUUCUCUUUCUUUCUCUUUCUAUUGCUCUCUCUCUCUUCAGUCAAUUGUUUAAAAGAAUACUUGAAAUGUUGUCUUUCGCUUCUUUCCAAAGCGAAUGAUUGUUGUGACGUUUGCACUGAAAAGUUGCGGGAUUAGUGAAACAGAAAUUGCCAUUAAAAAGUUAUUUUUAUAGAAGUAAACUGAAUUAUGUCUAAGAUGUAUUUUACCUAAUUAAUGCAACCAAAGAGGCCAAGGUGUUAGUUACUGAGCUGAGAUGGCGAGGCCAUCCAGCUGCUGUGUACAUUACUGUCUUUGAUCAUUUUGGAAAAGGCCUACCACUGUAUCAGGGUACGAUGUAUGAUUUUCUUUUUCGGCUCUAUUUUCACUCUGUUUUGUACAAUAAGCAACACUUACUUUUUCAUCUUAAUUCUAUUUUUUUGUUUCAGUUUUCUAUUUAAUAAGAAUUAUUUUUAGUUCAUUAUGAGUCAUUUAGUCAAAUAAAUGUGAUCUGUACAGUUUAUGUAAAAUAAAAUGUUUUGCUAAAUA